AUGGCAGACGUGCAGCCGCCACCCCUCCGGGCCUUAGACGAUUUUAUUCGGGGUUCAGCCCGAUUCGCCGCGCCAGAUGUUCGUGACUUAGACCGAUGGAAUAAUCGAAUGAUCAAUAAUUUGCUGUACUAUCAGACCAAUUACUUCAUGUGUGUACUGGGCUUUCUGCUCGUUGUAGGGUAUUUCCAGCCCUUCCAGCUCUUUGUCGGGGCGACAGUGGUCACUCUUCUGUUCCUGGGCUUCAUCUGGGCAGCUGAGAACCAGGUUCCUAUUCGUCGCUUCCGUAGAAACCACCCGUCAAUCGCCCUGCUGGCCAUCCUGCUUGUCAGCUGCCUCUUCCUGUCCGUGCUGGGGGGCGUGGCUGUGUUCCUGUUUGGGAUAGCCCUGCCUAUAUUGAUGGUUUUGCUCCAUGCAUCGGUGAGGUUGCGCAGCCUGAAGAAUAAGCUGGAGAACAAGCUGGAGAGUAUUGGACUGAAGAGAACUCCCAUGGGCCUCCUGCUGGAGGCGCUGGGCCAGGAACAGGAGGCCGGUUCCUAG